AUGUCGGAGCAGUUGAAAUGGUCGAGUUCCAGGGUAGCUCAGCAACGCUCUGCACAGCCACCGUCUGCGAAGGGUACGCAACAAAGUCGAUGGGCAACAAACAACUUGGCCAAUACCACUGCUACGAGCUCGCACACUGGCACUGCGGCUGCUGCUUGUUCUUCUUCUACAUCAUCAUCAUGGCGGUCUGCACGCAGCGAUAAUGCGGCAGCAUCGAGCAGUGUAUGGCGAACGACUCGACAAGAGGUGCAACCGCAGCGUUCCAAACAUAACGCCAAUACUGGAUCCUCGACAUCAAGAUGGGCGUCCUCGGCUUGCGCAACUGGACGUGGACCAGAUGGCUCGAUAGCGACGCUCACAGAUACGCUUUCACACACAAGCCUUGCAUCGCAACGUCCAUGCCAAUCGACGCAUGGGACUGCUCCAACACCUUCGCAACGCGCACGCAGCAUCAGCCGGAAUGAUGGGCUUAGCGUGCGCGAUCACACGCGUCCACUCGGAGGCAAGCCGCUCGACCGGCUCGAACUGCUCGCGUCUCCGUCGCGUGGACUCGACUCCCACUCGUCUCUCUGCACCGACCUCUCGAUGCAGGGCAGCAUGGACCUCACCUCUGCGUCGGUGCAGCUUGAAUUGCGCCAGUACAUCGGUACGCGCAUCACCACGAGCGCAAUGCGUCUUGUCACCUCGCAACCGCGAUUACGCGUGUUGGACUCGGACUACUAUGUGUUGACGAACAAUCAAACACAAGUGGUGGGCGCAGCCGAGGAGGAGCUCCAACAAAUCCUUCUGCUCGUGCGCAAGCUUCGCGAGGCACUAGUAGCGAGUAAGCGCAUCGAUGCAUUCGCGGUCGAGGUGUACGAGCUGUCGACGUACCUCGCGUUGCUGUGUGCGGAUGUGCCACAGUUGAUCGCGAGUCUACCGCGGUUGGUGAAUGAGCUGUACCCGCUUACGGAUGUAAAGGACGACCAGGAGGUGGGCAGCGACGUGCGGGAGUUAACGUCGCACUUGGGUCUUGCGACACACGCGGUGGCAGAGCACAGGAGAAUGCGAAUCGUCUCACUGCACCUGCUGCAAAUCCUGUGUCUCGGCGGUCGAGCGACGCGGUUGGGCCAGUACACGAAAGACUCGACGCGCGUGCUGGAGCCUCUGUACCGCGGACUGCAAGAAUAUAGGAUGGUGAAGCAGAAGCUGUUGCAUAUCUACGUCGAUCUGCACGAGCAUGUGCCAGUGUGCGACGCAGCAUACAAAGCGUUACGCGACAUAGAUCCGUUUCGGCUCUCGAGCUUGUUGCACGAGGAACGCCAACAAACGGCGUACAGCGUGGAUGCGUGGCAGAGGCUGGUCCUAUUGCAGAUUGUGGAGCCGCUCAGAAAUGCUGCUUGGGCUGUGGCGAGGAGGGCGUAUUUGCAACUGCCAGUGGAUGCGCACCUCAAGCAUCUGAUCGAAAGCGGCGCAGCGCACAAACAGGAUCAGGAACAAGAUCAGCAACAGCAACAGCAACAGCAACAGCAUCAAGAGGAUAGUGAGGGCGGCCGGUUCUUGAGCGAACUGCUUCUGCUCGACAUCGACGUUUUUCCUCGAGCCACAUCAGAGCAUCUGCAAGAGAACAAACCGACACGAAACGAGACACCGGACGAAUGGGAUGCAGACGACAAUCCAGACACAUACGCGCACCCAAGCAGCCACAUUCAACAGCACGAUCUUCGGCUCGAUACGUUUCUGACCACACAAUUCGACUCGUCGCUUGCGUCCCGACUCACGUCUACCCAUUCUGGGCAUGCGAUCAAACUUCGCUAA